UUUUCCAUUCUCGUCUGUCUCGCAGGAGAUCCCACCCUCCCAUAUUUGACCCCCCAAAACCCUAGAAAUCCAUCUUGUGUCGUCACCUCGCCUGGUCUCAAGAUGACGAGGUCGAAGCGCAGAAUGGUUAAAGUCUGUGAUAUAUGUGGCGACAUUGGUUUUGCGGAAUAUAUUUUCAAUUGUUACCAAUGCAAAAAUGCUUCAGAACAUAUAUAUUGCAUGCAAGGUCAAGGUCUUACAAUUCCAGAUAUAUGGUAUUGUGAAGUAUGUAAACUGAAUACUCAAGUAGCUCAUGAGGGAAACGGACAGGAUUCUCAUAUAGAAAGGAUGUCUGUCAAAGGUGCUAGUUCUGAUCUGGAGAGAUCUAAGACUCCACUUGGAAAAAUCCUUCCAAUGAAUUACUGGGGAAGCCCUGAACAAACAACUGAUGGUGAAAAACAGGUAUCAGGAGCUAAAAAGCUAAUAUAUUGCCCAGAUAACUCAUCGAAGAUGGUUGAUACUGGUAAUGAGAGGAGGGUUCCAGUUGCUGGCUUUCCUGAUAAGCCUGUGACACAGCAACUAUCCCAUAACACUUAUUUCAGGACAGUUGAAAAUGCCAAAGUAAAAUUUAUUCCUUCUGAAGAAGUUGCUUUCUUGACUUCUCGAGAAAGGACUGCUAGGAGAUGGAGUAACUUGGGUGGAUCACAUCGUGAAAUCGGCGUAACAAAAGGGAAACCUCCUCCCAGCUUGAGGAGGAUGUCUACUGAUGAGUCUACCUCACAUGAUCCAAAUACCUUGAACGUCCUUGCUCAGACAAACAAGGGAUCUAUUCAUGUUGAAGAACACUUUUCUCAUGUGAAACAUGCUAUGACAAAAGAACAUGCAAGAAAUAAUCACAAUGCAAGGUCACAAAAAAGGAAAGUUUCAGAAAUAGAGGCUUCUGCUGGAUUAUGCAAGAAAAAGCUCACUAAGGAAUGUGUUGGUGCUGAAGGUUAUCUUUCUUCCACAAAGUUAACGACACCUACAGUUUCAGAUGUUCCAGUGUUGCCUAUUGAUGAAAAGAGGAAUAGAGCAACAGUUAAGGCUUUAGGAGCAGAUGUGCUCCCGGCACCUCAUGUUAGUGGAAAACAUGUGGAAGCAUUUGUUGAUGCUGAAGUGAAAGAUUCUCCAAUGAACAAUGCCAGACCUGCAGAUUCAAAACAUAUUGAUCACAAACUACCAGACACUGAUAAGAAUGAGAAAAUGAGAACCGGAAAUGUGGUUCGUCCUGAUGCUUCAUCAUCUGGUUUUCAAGAAAUGAAUCUGCCACUAACAUUUAUCACAAGUCCAUGUGAAAAGACUCCAAACCGCGUUACACCUGGAGCUUGCUGGAAGUAA